GUUACACUAGCAGCUCAAAACAGGUUCAGCAUUGCCGCCGAGAUGAUCCACCCUCGAGAAAUAAUGCGCACUAAUUCUGAAGUUGGAAGUCAAUUUUCCGCCCCAAUAAAUAAUAGACGAACAACAACGAUAGAUUGUGGAUGGGCUGCCUUGCCGUGUUUGGCCCAACGGUUAAAUUUGGAGAGAUGGGCGAAAGCGGGAGUUUUUCUAUAUUUCUUCGCCCAUUUAGGAGCUCUUCAAGGAGUAAUGCUUAGUUAUUUUAGAGGAACCGCCCAUAUUUGGAUGCAACAUUAUCAAUAUUCUGAAAUUUUAAUUGGAUGGUUGUUAUAUUCCAACGAAAUAUUCGUCGGGGUUUUUGCCCUUUUAAUAUCGUAUUGGGGUAAUAGGAUUCAUAGAGUAUCUUGGUUGGGUGGUUUAGCAAUUUUCCAAUCUUUUAUUGCUAUAUUUUUGGUUAUCCCAGAAACUCACGAACCUCGUUUAGAUGAUUUCCGUAAUACAACAGUGACGGAUUUUCUCUGCACCAAUUUCUUUAGUAAGCUUCAGUUAGGAUUGGAAUUUAAUUAUAUCGCCUUAAUAUUGUUAUUUUUAUUCCAAUUAUUUUUUGGAUUUGCCACAAUAUCUUUUUACACACUUGGGUUGUCCUAUAUUGACGAUAACAUUGAGAAAGAUAAUGCCUCAACGUAUUUAGCGAUUCCCAUGGCUGCGAAAAUUUUUGGAAAACAAGUUGGGUUGUAUUUAUCUUGGGCGCCGGCUCUCUCCAAUAAUUUAAUAAUUUUUACCACUCCAGCAUGGUUGGUUUUAUCAUCGUUAAUAUUCAUUUUUGGCAGCAUCAUCACGUUAUUUCCAAUCAGUUUACCUGCUAUGGCGUUAAAAAAAGCGGUUGCAUCUUUGUUGAGUUUAGCUGGAAGGCACAUUGAGGGGGAUGAUGAAGAAUGCGAUGAAGAAGAUGAAGAAAUAGAAGUAACACAAGAUGGGUUUUUUACAACGCUUUGGAGGCUCUUAAAAAAUCCUGUCUUGAUGUUAAAUAUUGCCGCGUGCACCUUCGCUGGAAUAGCCUUCGUAAAUUUGGAGAUUUUUCAAAAUAAAUUUUUUCAAUCACGAUUUUUCGUUCAAGUUGGAUCAGAUCUUUCCGGUUAUCAAGACAACCUCAUCUCAAAAAUAGCAAACGUUAUUAAAUACCCUUUCAUAGCUACGUCACUUAUCGCAACAGGUUUCAUUAUCGCCAAAGUGAAACCAAAACUUAAAUACAUAGCAUUGUUCAACGUCAUGAUUUACACUAUCACAGCAUUGAGCUUCAUCAGUUUAGCAUUUUUAAGUUGUGACGUCACACUUCAAAGCGAUAUUCCUGGAAGGUUAAUAACGCCAUCGUGUAGUAGUCAUUGUUAUUGCCCAAAAAACACUCCGUUCGUACCAGUGUGUACCGUUGAAGGACAAAAAACUUAUUUCUCACCUUGUCACGCUGGAUGUCAAAAUGUGAGCUUUUCAAAUACGAAGAUUUAUUCGGGGUGUACUUGCGGAGAAAGUACUACUUCUGUAACAGAAACAUCCGCAACUGAAGGUGCUUGCAACCAAACUACUUGUAGCUUAUAUUUUGUUGUAGCUCAAGCCAGUAUUGUAAUGGCUAGCUCAUCUAUGGUCAGCACAGUUAUUACGAAUUUAUUAAUUAAUUUAAGAGUGGUUGAGCCUGCAGAUAAAGCUAUGGCUUUAGCUUUGGAAUGUACAUUUUUAGGAAUAUUACCAUAUGUUCCUGGGAAAAUUAUUUAUUCUUAUGUAGCUGAAUCACUUUGUAGAUAUACCGGAAAUAAUGGAUGUUUAUUAAAUUCUAAAUCAUUUGGAUUAUUUUUCUCAGUAACAACAAUAGUACUUAUUGGAAUAGCUGCUUUGAUAUCAGUAGGUGUAGUAUUAUUAAUCGGAGAUAUUCACAUUUGGACUAAGGAGGAUGAACCUUCAACGGCAAAUAGAGAUGAAAUUGAAAGAAGUCGUGUUGACAGUGAUUUUGGUACGGAUGAUAAUUUGGAUUUUAACUUAAGAUCGGUUGGGCAACAAGAAAGAAACGAUAAUCGAGAGAGAUCUAGUAUAUUGCAAUCGUCAUUUUAGGUGACAAUAAU